CGAUCCUAUUGCAUCCCCCCCCCCUCCCCCAUCAUCGUAGAUCCAUGAGAUCGUCGUCGGCGAGAAAGCUCCUCUCGCACUCUCUUCGGAGAAACCGCGCCGUUCCUGGAUCUCGGUUUCCUUCUUCAACCUCAUGCCACUCUCAGAGGAUGUGGAACUCCACGGCGGCACCGCCGCCGCCGGAUGAAAAUCCCGAUCAGAACUCGAUCGACGCAGGAUCAUCCAUGCGGAAACCAGUGAGCUUGUGGCCUGGGAUGUACCAUUCCCCCGUCACCAACGCGCUCUGGGAAGCCAGGCGCAACAUGUUCGAAACCCCAACCGGUUCGUCGCAGUCGGAGUUAACCGCGAAGACUCCGUCGCGGAGCAGGACGUCGAUUCUUUACAAGUUCUCAUCCGAUUUCGUGCUCCGAGAGCAGUACAGGAACCCUUGGAACGAGAUUCGGACUGGUAAAUUGGUUGAGGAUCUUGACGCUCUCGCUGGAACCAUCUCCUUCAAGCAUUGCAGUAGUGGUGAUGGGAGUGCGAGGUCGAUGAUUUUGGUGACGGCUUCUGUGGAUAGGAUUAUCAUGAGAAGGCCAAUUCGUGUGGAUGCUGAUCUUAGUAUUGUAGGCGCUGUUACAUGGGUUGGGAGAUCUUCCAUGGAGAUGCAAUUACAAGUACUCCAAACUCAAGAUGCCAACAACCCCUCUGAGUCAGUUGCUCUUGAAGCAAACUUUACGUUUGUAGCUCGAGAUGCCAAGACAGGCAAGUCAACUCCAAUCAACCAGGUCACUCCAGAAACUGAACAUGAAAAAAUGCUCUGGAAAGAAGCAGAAGAGAGGAACAAAUUACGGAAACAAAAGAGAGCACAAGGUAAAGAAGAGCAAGAGAAGUUGAAGGACUUAGAGAGGCUAAAUGAUUUAUUGGCAGAAGGACGAGUAUUCCUGGACAUGCCAGCUCUUGCAGACAGGAACAGCAUCCUAAUCAAGGAUACUUACCAUGAGAACUCGUUGAUUUGUCAGCCACAGCAACGGAAUAUUCAUGGUAGGAUAUUUGGAGGCUUCUUGAUGCGCAAGGCCUUUGAGCUGGCUUUCUCCAAUGCUUACACCUUCGCUGGGGUUUCGCCACGUUUCCUUGAAGUCGACCGUGUCGAUUUUAUCAAACCUGUGGAUGUUGGAAACUUCCUUCGUUUCAAAUCACGCAUACUGUACACGGAAGCUACUAAUUCAGCAGAACCGCUAAUAAACAUCGAGGUUAUAGCUCAUGUGACAAGUCCAGAGCUCAGGUCUAGCGAAGUAUCGAACAGAUUCUACUUCACAUUCAGUGUGAGACCUGAAGCGAUGAAAGAUGGAUGGAAGAUAAGGAAUGUGGUUCCAGGAACGGAAGAAGAAGCAAGAAGGGUGAUUGAGCGAAUGGACGCAGAGAGACCCAUCUCAUAGAGAGAGAGCCUUGAGCUCCUCCCCCCCCUCAUUGAUCUGAAUAAGAAGUUUAUCUCCUUAUUUUUUUGCAGAGUAGAUUCAUGUGAUCACAUUUCUCCUUUGCUUUCAACUUUAGGUCUAUGAAAAUGAUUAAUUGAGAAAGAUAUAUUCAAACUCAAAUGUAUGUCACUCAUGUGAUGUUUAUGAUACUUUCUGUAAGAAAAAGCUUCCCAUUAAUUAUUUUUAAAAUAAACUUUA